UCAAACUCAACAUUACCCAAUUACAAUAACCCCCUCUCACCCCCUUCCAAAAAAGUCAACGGUCAAAUACUCACCAUUCAUCCAACUCACUCUUUCCGGUCAACAAACUCACUCUCAUUCAUUCAUGGAACUGUCACCGGAAAACAUCUCCGACGACUUCGACCGGUUACCGGACCCUAUCAUCUUAACAAUCUUCAACUACAUCUCCGACAUUAAAACCCUAAUCCGCUGCCGAUCCGUUUGUCGCCGCUUCAACUCACUCGUUCCUCACUCCGACUCGCUCCUCCUCCGAGUCGACCGAGUCAUCUCCGCCGCUGACUCCGACGACGAUGGCGACACUUCCUCCGUCAUCGGUUUCUUCAAAUCCAUCGUCAAAUCGAUCCAAAACCUAAUUUCUUCUCCUCCACGUCAUCAAUUUCAUUCGCAAUCGGAACAAUCACAAUCGCAACCGCAAUCGCAAUAUUCUCCAGCGAUGAUUCUUCGAACAUUCGAGAGGAUUAAACAGCUGGAGAUCGAGUUACCGAACGGAGAUCUGAGAUUAGAGAAACGAGCGGCGAUCAAAUGGAGAGCGGAGUACGGUAAGACGUUGAAGCGGUGUGUGAUCCUAGGGUUCCGGUGCGGCGGCGUAGGAGAGGCGGAUCUCGGCGGUGGUGGCGGUUUGAAGACGAGAGUUGUCUGGACGAUUUCCGCGUUGAUUGCAGCUUCUGCAAGGCAUUAUAUGGUGAAAGACAUUGUAACCGAACACGAAAGUUUGUUGAAAUUGAUUGUUAGAGAUAGAGAAGAUGAAGGAACUGUGAUUAUGAAUGAAUUAGGUAUCAAUGAGUUUAGAGAAGAUGUUGGUGAUAAUGUUGGUGAUGAGGAAGGGCAGGAUGGUAAUUUGGGAUCAAAUUCGGGUGGCGUGUGGUGGCGGAGUAAUCGGACUCGAGUUCCUGCGGUUUGGAUGAGGAUGAGGCAUGAGGCGAAGUUGGAGUUGUCGAAUGGUGUGACGAUGGAAGGGGCGACGCUUGUGGUGGUUAGACCGACUGCGAGUGCGGGUGGUAUGGUGGAGGAAGCAGAAGACGAAUGUAAUUGGGAUGGACUAGGAUUUGACGGUGUUUAUGGUGAGGCGGUUCAGAAACUGAUUAACCGGCGGAGUUAUUUGCUUGAGAUGAAUUCGUUUUGAGUCGAAUCUGCUGACUGGAAUGGUUAGUUUUGUUGGUGAUUUGCUGUUACUGCUUGUUGUAUGAUGCAUAUAAUGUGAAUCUGUUUUGGUUUAUUUAUGUUGGUAAUGUAAAUCACUAUAUCUAUAGUUUCUAUGAGUAUGUUACAGAUUAGUUGUUAUCA